CAUCAGUAACCCACUAAUCGUUUCCCUUUGUGUCUCACAACACAAAGGGGCAGUCACAGCCUGCUCUCUAAAGACAACUCUCUUCCUUCACACAAAACUACAUGCACCUAAUUACACACACACACACCCUUCACUCAAAAUGCCAAAUUAAAUAUGGCGACUCCUACAUCAGCCUUGGAUUCCCCAUCUAGGGAGGGGACCAAAAAUGUCUACUGGUCGAACUGCCAGGGCACAGCGGCCGAUACGUGACGUCAUGAUAAUGGUAAUGAUGAAGUUGAUGAUGAUGAUGAUGAUGGUGAUAAUAAUAAUAAUAGUAAUAAUAAUAAUAAUAAUAAUAAUAAUAAUAAUAAUAAUAAUAAUAAUAAUAAUAAUAAUAACAAGGCACUCGUGAAGAAUGUGGGUCCCGCCUUGGUUGGGUUCUGUGCCAUGGUUCCGUGGCCCGCCUAUGUGAGUUGCCAGCUAUGCAUUUCUGCUGCAGUAUUGCCAUGAUGGGCGAAAGAGGCAGUCUGACAGCACAAUGGAAUGUUAUAUAAUAAUAAUAAUAAUAAUAAUAAUAAUAAUAAUAAUAAUAAUAAUAAUAAUAAUAAUAACAACAACAACAACAACAACAACAAUGAAAAUUAUAUAACAAGAGACAAGGAAUUAAUUGUCUACAACAAGCUUUUUUUUUCUAUAGUUUAUUUUUGAGUGCGACAAGUGAUUAUUUGAGCCUUGUAUUAAAAACAGAUCUGAGUUAGAGAAAACCGAAUAUUUUGAGUAUGGUAGGGUUAAACAAACGUUACAACUCGCUUCUCUCAGGUUGUUUACAUUGGUGAUGAUACGCAGGUGUUUGGAAUAGGGUCCGUUGCUCGGCUCACGGUAGCUUUUCUGUUGUAAUUUAGUAAUUACAGUUAUUUAAGUUAAAGACAUGAGAAACGAACACAGCGAAUGCUGACGUAACCUUCAGAAAUAACAAUGCGAUUGCGGGAGCUGAACCCUCCACCACCUCCACCACUACCUCCACCACUUCCUCCUCCCCCAUCGUGAGAGAGGUUAUCUGGGCCUGAGUCCCGCCUGUCCUGCCUCCUCCCAACGCUCCUUUUCUCGUACACUGCAGGCCACACACUCCUGCCACUCCAGCAUCUCUCGUCUCAAUCCUGCACAAGCAUCAGGCGUAUGGUCUUCCAGGGACGCACCAGAAGAUUCCCGCCACAUUCAGAAUACACGAGACAGCUUGGAAGAAAAACUAUAAUUUCAGGAGGGACAGAAAAACAGGCCCAGAUUAUCCUCUGAAAAGCGUCUCAUGUCCUCUGUCUUACUGAGGUUUAUCCACUCAAGGCACUGACUGCUAGCUAUUUGCUGUUCCCGAAGGAGCGCUUCAUGGACUUUGCUUCUAGUGCGACGUGUUAGCUGAGAGGAUACUGAACAUACGAGUAUACUCUCGUUCCUCUACCUAAGCUUCUCUGGUCCAUCGUCUCCUUUCCUGAAUGUAAAAGAACUGUGCCUUACGACCUCUCAUCCCUCAUCCUCCAGUCAUUAGACCUCUCGUGAGUCAGAAAAAAAAAGAAAGAACCGAAGGCCUGGUCCGCCACAGCACGUAAGAAGUUGAUAAACCUCAAGUAGCCGGACAGAGGUGCAGUGGACGCAGCCGCGCUUCCAUCCUCACUAGUUUAGGCUUCUGUCUCCCUCGCGAUGCUGCCAACUUAUCUGUGAUCCUUGCAUGCCGCCACAUCCACAGAAGAACCCACUCCACUUACUGACGCACAAGAACUCCUCAGGGCAAGUGUGCUGCCCGCUCACGGCUUCUCGUAGCACACCGACUUGGUGUUUCGAACGUGGAAAGUGCGAGUGUGCGUGUGUUUGUUAAUCCCUGCGAUACUCUGCGUGUGUGUACUCGCUUGUGUGUACGUGUGAAGAUCUGGUGUCGAGGAACAAGCUGCAGUGCCUAUCAUUAUAGACUUAAAGCCUUACCAUCAACAACAAGAACACACUAAAUUGUUGCCAACAGUACUAGAAUCACUUCAGUUCAUCUCCACCAGUCGCUCUCCGUCCUCCUGUUCGCUCCGAGAUGACUGCUGAGAUCCCCCUGACGGAGACCUUGGAGGGGUUGGCUGAGGCCUCCCUGAAACCAGCCGACAAUGUGGAACAACUCAAGACCCUCGUCUCUAGACUGCACUCCAGAAUCAAGGCGCAAGGUGUCGAGAACCGCCAGGAGGUGGUGUCCUUGAUGGCCACGUCUCAGCACCAGGGAGUGGAGCACCUGGUCAGGGUUAUGGAGUGGAGCUGCGCCUGGAGGUCCUUCACAAAUGCCUGGCUCUCAACACAGCUGAGGUCAUUUUCCGCACCCUCAAGACCUUGUCCACCGAUGGUCUGGGAGUCAUUGACGUGUGCAUCCACCCAGCCUACCAGGUCUUGGCAAAAGCCCAUGCUGGCAGUGAGGGCUCGUCUGGUGGGGGGUGUGAAGCUGACCCACCAGCUGCUGCAGGCACAUAGCAAGAACAGCGUACCUCUACUGCCCCUCCUCAUGGUUGCCUAA